AUGGAGCUGACCGACUGCCACGCAGCAGCGGCUACUGCUGCUGGUGGUCCACGAAUCGACGAGCACUUUGACCGUAUCCGCGCAAACCUCAUCCGGUGCGAAGAGUGCAAUGAAAACUUCUUCUUUGACUUCCUACGGCACCCGCGAUAUUUUGUGACGCAUUUUAAAACGUGUCAUUUGAAAAACGUGCUGUACCGGUUCAAUGGCCACACGGAAGAAGAGAACCAGCGCGUGCGAUUUGGCCCGCGACGCAAGAAAGAUGCGACGGCGUGGUUCAGUCAGCUCAAGUCCACUGAGAAAAGAAUGAUUUCCAUGCAAGACAAUAAAUGGGGUGAAAUUGCGGAGAGGGAGUGCUGGUCGUGUCGACUGUACGGCGCAUGCAAAGUGGCUCGGAAAACGAGUGAGGUGCCACAUGCUUUCGAGCCUAAUGAAUUGGGCCGGCGUCAAGCUUUGCUACACAUAUGUCAGUCCCACGACGUUGCAUACAAUGAUUUUCUCAGGAUGUUGCCGGCCGUGGGAAGAUCUUCAUCUUGCCAACCGCUGGGAAUUCUUCCGAGUCACGAGCCAGUCUCAGCAGCCGGUCAAGGCCCAGAUUGUUCUGGAGUGGUAGGAGGAAGUUCAGGAGCACAACCACUAGAAGCCACUUGUGGAUGGACGUGGCUGAGUGGCGAGCACGGGACGUCGCCUUUACCUUCAACUCCAAGGCAGUCAGCUGAAGCUGAUCGCAGCCGCAUUCGUCGAAUGAAAGCGACCCCUGAAGCUCGAAAAGCUGAGGCGGAGCGUAGUAGACGUCGACGAGAGCGGUUGACGCCCGCUCAACGGCAAGCGGAUGCGGAAAGACGGGUGAGGAAACGGCAGCGAAUCGAAGAACGCGCGCGGAGUCGGGUGCGCCGUGCUGAGGCAUCUCAAGAUGCUCGGGAACGGGAGGUGAAGCGCUCCCGUGAGCGUCGUCAGAAUGCGACCGAGCAACAGCGCAAUCGGGAGGCGCAAAGGAGCCGUAUACGACGCCAAAACGCGACCGAAGAGCAGCGUCUGCGUGAGCGGGAACGCUGUCGCCGCCGAUACGAGAUCCAGAAACAGCAGAAGCUGCUUGCUCAUCAGUCUGGUGCGACGACUGGUGUGGAGAUGCAGCCAAGCACACCUGCGACUUCGGUCUCGGCCGAAACGAUUCUGCCUGGUAGAGGUGGCCAAAAUACACGACUAUCGAAAAGCCAAGCCCAGCCAAAAGACCUCGAGGGUCAGAACCGACUGCUGUUGCAGCAACAGGCUGGACUUGGCCAGCAGAUUCGAUCGCUCUAUGCCUCAUUGUCGCGUGCUCCCUCAUCUGAGGUCGAUUUUUGA